CCUCACCUCCCCGUCCCCCCACGCACAAAGGCGACGCAAGCAGCGUUGCUUUCCUUUCCUCUCCCUGCUCUGCCUCGCCGCUUCCCCCCCUCCCCUGCCUGCCUCAGCGAUUCUUCCGCUUUUCCUUUUUCAAAUCGCCAUUUCCUCGUGCGCGUGUCGACUCCGUCGUGCUCAGCUGCCGGGUUCGGGAGGACGCCGCCUCGGAUGAGGCCGCGCUGACCGGAGCCGGAUCAUUCGCCCACCCAUGGCGCGGCCGCAGCGAGUGUACGAGGCUUGGAAAGGGAACAAUAAAUUCCUCUUUGGUGGGAGGCUCAUAUUCGGACCUGACGCCAAGUCCCUGAUCCUGUCUGUUUCGCUCAUCGUGGUCCCGGUGCUGGUAUUCUGCGCGUUUGUUGCUCGGCAUCUCCGCCACCAUUUCUCGGCGUACAAUGCGGGAUAUGCCAUUCCUGCGGUAGCGUUAGUGUUUAUGAUCUAUGUGCUUGUGCUGCUCUUGAUUACUUCAGCCCAGGAUCCUGGGAUUGUGCCUCGCGCAGCACACCCACCGGAGGAAGAGUUCUCGUAUGGGAAUGCAUUGUCUGGGGGCACGCCUGGGAGGCUGCAGUUCCCCCGUGUAAAGGAAGUAAUGGUUAAUGGGAUGCUUGUGAAAGUGAAGUAUUGCGAUACCUGCAUGAUUUACAGGCCCCCUCGGUGUUCACACUGUUCAAUAUGCAACAAUUGCGUGGAGCGCUUUGAUCAUCAUUGCCCCUGGGUUGGACAGUGCAUUGGACAGCGCAAUUACCGGUACUUUUUCAUGUUUGUUUCUUCCUCGACUCUUCUCUGCAUUUAUGUAUUUGCAAUGUCAGCCUUGUACAUCAAGUUUCUCAUGGAUGAGGGUUAUCCAACAGUAUGGAAGGCUUUCAAACACUCUCCAGCUUCUUUGGGGCUUUUGAUAUAUUGUUUCAUUGCUCUCUGGUUUGUUGGUGGACUUACUGGAUUUCAUCUGUACCUCAUUAGCACUAACCAGACCACGUACGAGAAUUUUCGAUACAGAUCAGACAGCAGGCCUAAUAUCUAUAAUCAAGGAUGCCUGAAUAACUUCCUAGAAGUCUUCUGUAGCAAGACAAAACCUUCUAAACACAAGUUCCGAGCCUAUGCACAAGAGGAAGUGCGACCUCCAACAGUUAGCUUUGGUAGGGAGGUCGAAGAGGAACCAGUUGGUGGUCCUCGGUCGAAAGUUGAAGAUGAUCUUGAAAUUGGUAGCGAUCUUUUGAAGAUCUCUCAGCGGCGAAAUUAUGAGGACGUUGAUGUAGAAAUGGGAGGUCGUCGCAGCAAUGAGAUGGAAGGAAUGGCCAGUGGGAAACUAGUAAUAGGUUCAGAAUCACAUAUUCCUGCAGUUGGGAGUGAUGUACGGGUACGACACUCAAGCUGGGAUCGGCGAAGUGGGAACUGGGACAUGUCAUCAGAUGUACUUACAAGAAGUGCAUCAGAUGUAAUUGAACGUAGUGUGUUUGCCACCGAGGCUGCACAUCCAUCUCAAGCAGAAACUCACAAGUGAAUUAUUUGUGCAUUCAGAGCAUGUGUGGGAAAUUUGGAUUGCAAGGCCGUUUAACUCAUGGUGGCACACCCAGACAGCAAGGAAGAAAACGCCCAUCAUGCAUUUUGACUUUGACUGCCUUGAUUGGUUUUUUUUUCCUGAUCCUCAUCAUGUAUGAACAAUUAUUUAGUCAAAGAAUUAGCCCCAUUGGUGUCAUAUAUUCGUGUGUUUGUGCCAUAGUCUUAUCUGACAUUGCCUGUAAAUUGCAAAUGCAAAUCCAAUUGCAAUUCUUCUUUGGCUAUUUCUUUGAGAAUGCUUAA